AUGGGCAUCUACAAACUCCAGACACUCCUGUCCCAGUACCAGUACGCCAUGCGCGAGAGCCUGAGGGCGCCGGCCGGCGAGGGGGGCGCCGGCCCCGAGGGCCCCAGGCCCGGGCCCGGCCCGGACCCCGGCCCCAGCGACAUCAAGUACUCCAACUACCGGUUCUUCCACAUCCCGGAGGACGUGUCCAUCCUGGUGCUGCCGGUGGACUUGAGCAACUUCCUGUAUGAGAUGGUCCUCUCGACGUUCCUUUUCGUCGGCCAACGCCGCAGCAUCGGCUAUGACUCGGCGUUGGUGGUGCCCUUCCUGGACGCAUUGGUGGAAUGGCUGUCCCAGCGAAAGUGCUACGCGGUGUUUGUGACGGACGGCCUGAAGCCCUCCAGGAAGGUGGUCACCACCAAGGACCGCAAGGAGAAGAAGAGCAAGAUCCUCAAUGUCAGGCUGACCCAGUACCUGGACUUGCUGGACGCCGGCCAGCAUGCCGAGGCCCUCCGGCAUUUGAGAGGCACCGAGCACCUGGACGGCUGCGCCCCGUUCGUAUGCCAGGAUGACUGCCCGGCCAUCAUGCAGCGCCGGCACGAGGAAGAUUGCUCCGAGGAGGCGGGCUGCUCGGAGGAGUGCCGGAUCCGCCGGGACUCGGAGAAGCCCACCGAUCCGGCUGGGCACUUUUACUCGGUCGCCGCGCCCUUCACCCACAGCGUGGACUUCAUCAAUGUCUGGACCAUUGCCCAGGCGCAUCUGGCGGCCCUGGCCCGCGAGCACCCCCAGCGCCUGGCCUUCAUCGGGUCGCACACGGAGGCCGACGAUGUGCUCUCCCUGCUGAGCAUGCACUUCAGUGUGCCGGUGGUGAGCAAUGACCUGGACUUCGCGGUGUUCGGCUUCGGCCAGAUGAAGCCCUCGUCCCUCUUUCGGCGGCAAUUCCGCCUUGUGGAUGAGGCCGGCUCGCCGAAGUUCCUCCUUUUGGGCGAGAAGGGCCCCUCCGCCGGCAGGGUGCCCGUGGUGGAGGAGGAGCCGGGGCUCUCGGCCGAUGUGCCAUGCGCCGCCACGCGGCCUGCGAUCUCGCGGGUCAUGCGCAACAAGACCCUCCACUCGCGCACCUUGAAGAGCAUCCUGGGAGUGCAAUACUCCAGCCAAAUGGCCUGGCUGCCCCUGAUCAUGGGCGGGGACCACGGGCCGCCCGAUGGCCGGCUCUGGACGCUCGUGAAGAGCUUCUUCCCGGAGGAGGACCACCAGGUGCGCCGGUACUUCGAGCGGGUGUCCGAGUGCUACGACGACCCGGCGCGCCCAUGGCCCAAGGGGGCGUCCGGCUUCCGGCACGACUGGUGCCGCACCUUCCGGGAGGCCACCAGCUCGCUGGCGGUAGUCCGGGACCUGCUCCGCGUGCUGCCGGCCCCGGGGGACCUGCUGGACUUCCUGUGCGACCCGGGCAGGGACCUGCCGGGGCUGCAGCCCGACAUGAGGAAGGCCAUGCACGACAACAAGGCCCUGCUGUCGCCCCUGGAGGGGGCCUUGCGCCGGAGCAGCGGCCCGGGGGCCCUGCUCCUCCGGCGCUAUGGGUACUACUGGCGGCCCAGGGGCCGGCUGGAGUUCAAGCACAUCCGCGAUGGGAUUGUCUUUUGCCUGGGGGUGUGCAACGCCGGGUCCAAGCCCCAGAUGCAUCUUUACUGCCAGCGGAACUUCGCCGACAGCUUGCAUCGGUUCCUGGAUGCCGAGUGCCAGCUCCUCGCCGGGAACCCCUGGUGCCUGUAUGCCAGCAGCCCGCCGCCGAGCACGCCGUGGAAUUGGAAAAGCUCGCCGCUGGCCGGGCCGCGCGAGCCCCAGCAGCCGGGCCAGCCGGCUCGCCCGGGGCAGCCGGCCGGCCGCGAGGCCCGCGCGGCGGCCCCCCCGGCCCGCGGCCCGGAUGGCGAAAGCCACGCGGAGGAGGGCUCGGCCGCCGGGCCGGGCACCGCCCCCCCGGCAUGCCGCUGCCAAUAUGGCGCCUACCUGCUUCAGGGCCUGCUGCUGGAGCCCUUCCACUCGCCGCUCCUGGUCCAGGGGCUGUGCAUGGCCUACGCCAAAACCCGCGGGCCCUGGAUCCCCGAGGUGGUCCACAUCUUCAAGAAGGACCUCCACAACAACCAGGCCACCCGGCUGGCCAGCAUGCCGCCCCUGCCGCAGGUGGAUCCCUGGCCGUGGGGCGGGGAAACCGUCUGGGCCCGGCUGCGCCACGCGCGCCUGCUCAUGUACACCAUGCUGGCCGCCGGGCCGCUGGGCAAGCCCAAUGACAUCCUCUUCCGCCGGGCCAUCGAGAACCACCCCCUGGCCCAGGUGGACUGGACCCGGGACCUGGCCACGGCCAAGGCAUUUGAGUAUCGGCUUGACAAGUUCCUGGACGGGGAAAUUGGCCACCUGCUGCACGUGGUGGACAGCGCCCUGCAGGGGGACCAGGACCGCGGCUUCGACCGGGUGCUGCUGGCCACCAUCCUCCUGGCCAGCCGGCCGCCGGCCACCAACUUCCAGCAGCACGACUUCAAGGGGGUCUUCGACACCCUGCUGGGCCUGUGCAGCUUCGCCACCCGGCCCGUGGUCAAGGCCGCCAUCCAGAGCCUCAACCUGCCGCGGGACAUCAAUUACCACUCGCUGGCGGCCCUGGUCCCGAAGGAUGCCGGCGACCGGGGCUCCUUCGUGGCCUUCGCCCACAGCGUCCUGGACUGGUGCCUGAUCCAGAUGAAGACCAAGGCGUCCGCAGGCAUCUUCUGA